AUGCAGCACCCUAAUACAUUAGCAGUAUUUAGUAAGGGGCGACCGGAUUGGUGGAAGGAAGCAGGUGUCCAGGACGAAGUUGUCCGGAGUGGGCGACUACGUAUGUUGCGCCACAGGUACAAAGAAGAGGACCCAGUAUUCUUUGAUCCAAAGGUUCCUGAUGGCACUUCAGUAACUGGACCGCUGGGGCUAGAUUCGAAGUAUCAUCAUGACAUCACUAUAAAAGCCGAUCAACCUGGACCACUCAAAGAAUUCCAGGAUAAGGUAUGGAAAGGCUCCCAUCAAUACAAAGCAAUUGCUGAAAAAUUUGAUAUUAGCAAAGAACACCCUGGAUUUGAUGUAAACCCUUCUCUAAACGACUUGCUGAAUAUUCCGAAAUGGCAUCUGGGCCGCAACGCCUUCGUACCCAACUCGUGGUAUCACUAUGGUCCGCGAUUCUUCGACAAGCCGUUAAAUGAAGCGACCAUCGAAAAAGGCUUGGCCUGCGCCAAGUAUGCUGCUUUGUUGAGUGAGUUACACGUGCUCUCCUAG